AUGAGGGCCUUAUUCACGGCUGCGCUCGCUGCUGCUGCGGCGCACGAGUCCUUAGCACAACCGCUCUCCAGCGGUGACUGCCCCUCGUCAAGCUUCAAAUCCCUCACAGCCCAGCGUUGGGUGAAGGCGGCCAAGCCGGGGUGGAACAUUGGCAAUACGCUCGAUGCCUUGCCUGACGAAGGCUCGUGGAACAAUCCGCGCCUGCAAGCGUCGACACUGGACUAUGUCAAGGCAGCGGGCUUCAAGUCUGUCCGGCUUCCGGUCACCUACGCGGAGCACUACGUGACUGGCUCGCCGAGUUGGACCAUCAAUGCGACCUGGCUGCAGCGUGUUUCGGAUGUCGUGGACAUGGCUACGUCUAAGGGGCUCUAUGUGAUCACAAACAUGCAUCACGACUCGUGGACAUGGGCCGAUGUCUCCAAGGCUGACGCAAACUUGACCAUGAUCGAGGAGAAGUUCCAAGCUUCCUGGAUGCAAAUAGCCAACAAGCUGCGCUGCAAGUCCGAGCUGGUUGCCUUUGAACCCAUCAACGAGCCCCCUGGAAACAACGCCGAAGAUGGGGCCAAACUCAUGAAGCUGAAUGACAUCUUUGUGAAGGCACUCGUCGACACUGGCGGUUUCAAUUCCAAGAGAGUCAUCACUUUGUCUGGACCUGGGAUGGGCGCUGAUAAGAUUCAGUGGUUCAAGGCACCGGCCAAUAUCACCAAUCCAUGGGCGUUUCAGUUUCACUUUUACAAUCCUUAUGACUUUGUUUUCGGUGCUUGGGGCAAAACUAUCUGGGGCUCCGAAGCCGACAAAGCCGCCGUCGUUGCCGAACUCUCCUCGGUCCGGGGCAACUUCACCAACGUGCCCAUCGUCCUGGGCGAGUAUGACGCCUCGCAGCUCAACACGGAGCCCGCGGCACGCUGGAAAUGGUUCGACCACGUGCUGCGCACCGCCCAGGCGCUCGACAUGCUCCCCAUGCUCUGGGACAACGGACUCGACAACCUGGACCGCGCGACAGGCAAGUGGCGCGACCAGACAGCCAUCGACAUCAUGAUGCACGCCCUGGCGGGGCGCAACAAUUCCCUGCCCGACAGCACUACCGACCCGGCCGCCACGGUGCAGGUCAGUUCGGCAUAUGUCUUCAACAAGCUUGGUCAGACACCAGGAAAUCAAACCCUCCCGUUCCUGCUGAACGGCAAUACCAUCCGCAGCCUCAAAAUCGGCUCGUCAACCCUGUCCCGUGGCCGGGAUUACUCCAUCACAGGCAACUCCAACAUAACCCUCCACGCGUCAUUCCUCGCGAAAUACCUAUCCGCCACCGCCGCGCCGGGGACAAAGGCCAACAUCACGGUAACCUUCUCCUCCGGCGCGCCGUCACGCGUCGAGCUGGUGCAGUGGGACGUGCCCAAGUUUGCUUCCUUAUCCUCUGCCGCGCGCGACGCGCCCGCUGGAGGCGAUCUGAGCAUCCCCGUUGAGUGGCGGGGCCUGCACCGGGUCGCGGCGGUGCAGGUUGUGAAAGCGGAUGGAGGGUAUCUGUUCGAUGAUUGGACCCAGUGGCUGGGGCCGUUGCAGAAGGGGAGAGCGACGUAUAACAACCAGUGGGAUUUUGAUCACAACAGGGUGAUAAUAAGGCGAGCGGCUAUCGAUGCUGUGAUUGCGUCCGGACAGAAUACCACGUUCAGGUGGGAGUUUUAUCCGAGGGCUGAAGGGAAUGGGAAUGUGGUUGAGUACACUUUGACGGUGUAG